UUAGGGACGUCCCAAGGAUCCCUGAUAGCACUAACGCUGGAAAGUAUCUCGUUCAUAAACGAAAGUGUAAACUAGUCCGAGUUAAUCAAACAGACGAAGUCCCCACUCCAACAACCAUGGCCUGAGUGCUGCCCCCAUCCCCGUUCGCCCCUGCUUGGACUCGGAGUGGCCCCCACCUUGAUGGAGGCCUCCUUGUGCACCUGGUUUUCAUUUGGUGCUUGUACUUGGAAAGGAUUGUGGUCCAGCAGAAUAUAAAACUAGUGAUGGUCAGUGCUGCCCAAUGUGUAAUAAAGGCUUGGUGGUCCGCAGAGAUUGUACAUUGGAGUCCAGCACAUCUUGCAUACCCUGUAUCAGAGGGACCUUCAUGAACGAGGCCAAUGGUCUAACCAAGUGCUUUCCCUGCACUCCCUGUGACCCAGGACAGGGCCUGUUCACUCAGACAGAGUGCAAACCAACAAGUAACACAGUCUGCGACGUUCUAGAUGGAUACUACUGUAGAAGCUACUCAUCCAACUCUGAGUGUAACUUUGUAGUAGAACAUACACACUGUUCACCGGGCCAGAGUACUAAAUCACCUGGAACAAAGACAACAGAUACCAUGUGUGAGGAGUGUCAGCAUGGAUUUUACUCACAACAUGGUGUGAACUGCACUGCUUGGACUGAUUGUGCAGCAAUGAGACGCGUGAAGACUGAAGAUGGAAAUUCUAGUCAAGAUGUUAUUUGGAACAAAGUGCCACCAAGGAGUCAUGUCACUCUAAUAGCUCCAUCUAGAAAAAAGAAACGCACAUCUAUAAAGGCGAGGUGCUGGCUAGCGGAGUAGAAAACUAGAAAAUAAGGGAAAGCCGCACAAUCUAAGAGCUCAGAUGCAAAAAUUUAAUAACCAACGUUUCGACAGCAAAGCUGUCUUCAUCAGGGUAUCAUCACAAA